AUGGAUGGAUCAAAUUUUGCAGGACGUAAUAAAAGAUUGAAUGUUCGUGACACAUCAUUGAUAAAUUUGCUUAGAAUCCCUCCAACAUACAUACCAAUCGAGAAGGAAAAUCAAUAUUACGUUGAUGAUUCAGUUAUUAAUGCCUUCUUCGAGUUGCUGAGAAAGAGAGCAGAGCAGUUUCCCAAUUCAUACAUCAAGAACUACUCAUUGCCAACUUGGAUGAUCAGUUUCUUGCUUUCUGGGAAAUGGAGUGAGACAAAAGCAUUAUCUUUCUUAAAAAUUGAAGAGAUAGCAGGCUCAUUAAAGUUGUUCGUGCCAGUGUGUUUAAAAGAUCAUUGGAUCCUCAUUUGCGUCGACAUAGAGAAACAAGCAUUGCUAUGCCGAGUUGAUUGUGGCAUAUUUGUGAUGAAGUAUGCUGAUUGUCUUGUACAUGGAAAUCAUUUCCCUUUUAACCAAGAAAACAUGCCUCACUUUCGACAACAAGUCUUUCUUGACAUAUACCGUGGGAGAUUACCUAAUGCUGUCUCUAUUUUGGGAUUUCGAAAGGUGGAUCAAGACGGUUGGGAGAAGCACCUGCUUUGGACUACCAGCGAACAUGCUAAUCAACAACCGCAACAACCACGUGGACAGAACUCAUCUGUUGAGGUUGGAAAAUUUGGGCUUGAGGAAGAGGUAGAGCGGCUUCAGAGGGACAAGAAUGUCCUUACGGCAGAACUUGUUAAGUUGAGGCAGCAGCAACAGUCCAAGGAUAGCCAGGUGCAAACCAUGGUGCAACGACUUGAAGGAGCGGAGCAGCGUCAGCAACAGAUGAUGUCAUUCCUCGCAAAGGCUAUGCAGAGCCGAGACCUGCCUAAUUUUGUUUCUUAA